AUGGAGUCCUACUUCACACUCAACUGCCUCAUCUUGGGCGAUGACCCCAGCUGCAUCUUCUCAGUCAAGAUUAAUGAAUUCGAUGGCGUUGAUGCUUGCCGCCUCAAGCUAUGGAAGGUCGAUAUCAACCCGGAGAAGGAGAAGUUAGAUUUACCGCACGAUGCCAAUCAGCUCAAGCCGCUUACCCGACUCUUGAGGGUGGCCAUCAUUAGACCAGAGGACGGACACCUUCAUAUAUUUGUGCAACCCCCGACCAUCGAGCUCAACUGCUUAGUCUUAGGCGACGACCCCAGCCAUAUCUUCUCGGUCGAGAUUGUAAAGACAAAGGCUGUCGGUCACAUGAGAGAGGCUAUCAAGGAAGAGAAGAUAUAUUCGCUCUGCGACGUGGCUGCAGACACUCUCCAGCCAUGGAAAACGACUGUGAAAACCUUGAGCGAUAACGAGCUGACUAUGGCAUUGUCGGCGGUUAUGCCCAACUUCUUCACUAAUGAGGCAGAUCGAGCUUCCAAAUCCCAUGAAAUCCUGCAGGAGCACGACAUCGACCUAAGUCCCAUAAGAGUCAAAUACACCACCUAUAACACCGACGAUGACAAACAGUACAGAUAUUUCCGCCCCGCAAUCGCUCAAGUUACGAACGAGAUAGGAUCCACGGAGGCUGAACCUCACAUGCAAGCUCUUUCAUGCUAUAUACAUUCCACCAGCUCUUUCGCGAAGGACAACCCUGCAUUUAGGUUUCCCUGCAUAGUGGUCACUCUAUUCGGCAAGUUUGCAGUAUUUGACAACUCGCGAUGCACUGACCACGACUUAAACAGGGCUGUACAUCGACUUCUCAGCCGCUGUUUGGAGCACCCGUCCAAACAUGCAGGUGAUUUCGACUGCUUUUAUCACCACACCGAUACCAAAAUGCGUACGAUGGUCGCGCGGCACGUUCGUGCGCUCAGGAAAGCUCUUCAGUCUCUCUCGGAAUGUUACAAGAGCAUGUUAUCAAGCACUACAUCCCUUUGUCCCGAUCCACACCUCAAAUUUCUGGAUUCUGAAUUUCCAGAUCCCAGGUUUCCAUAUCCAUAUUCUUAUACUUGCAUGGAGACAUCGUCGACGUGUCAUUUCACGUACUGCCAUCAAAUAGAUACUACCAAACCACUCUUUUCCGUGAAGACAACCGAUGGCAUUACGCUCUGCGUCAAGUUUGUCCGUCGCUACUCUAAGGAAGCACAUCAACGAUGUGCUUCCGGCGGCUUCGCUCCAGUACUGCACGGCUUUGAGAAGCUGCCAGGUGGAUGGUACAUGAUUGUGAUGGAGAUGAUUACAGAAGACUAUUGUCGUCUCUGGGAACUUUUCGCUCCUUACCCUCAUCAUGACGCCAUCGCUACGGUACUCCGGUCUCUUCACCUAGAAGGUUAUGUUCAUGGAGACAUUCGGAAAGUAAAUAUCAUGGUAAAAAGGGACCUCAGCCCUGGAUUCAAGUUGAUGGAUUUUGACUGGUCUGGGGUAAUAGGCGAAGUCCAAUACCCAAUGAACGUAUUUCGAGGAAAACAUCUCUGGAGACCUGAUGGAGCGGAAGACGGACGGUUGAUCUUGGUUGAACAUGAUAUUCAGACGUUGCACGCCAUGUUUCCAGGCCGCACUUUUAUUUGA